AUGCAGCUCACCAACUUCCUCACUCUCGCAUUCGCCGCCACCCUCGCCGUGGCCAGCGCAGUCCCGCCCGAGCUCAGCGAAAGGGCGUGUGUCGGCAACCUCGGCUACUGCAACAAAAAGGCCAGCAGCGUCCUCGGCAAACAGUGCUGUGGCGGCCUGUACUGCUGCGGUGUCAUUGGCGCCAACAAUGUGUGCCAGAGCCACAACACUUGCGGCGAGUAA